AUACAAAGUUUGAGACGUUUGUUUCUGAGAUAUCCAUUUAUAUAUGAAAAAAACGUUUUAUUAUUUUACAGUACAAUGUCAACACGAUUCUAUCCUAUAUAUCAAAGAGGCAAUCCACAAUUGAGAAUUUUUCUACCUAAUUUCUGGAUGAAGCUAAUCAUGCCUAUGGAUAAACAGCCUCCAAAUAUUGUACAGUUUCACUGCUCCAUGGAAAUGACCAAACAUGACAUAAAGAACUACCUGGAGAAGAUUUACAAUAUCGACGUAGUCGAAGUAAGGACGAAAAUAGCUAUGGGUAGGCUCACAAGGGAUCGAUUACAGCGUUCUGUCAUUAAAGAGGACGAUAAGAAAUUGGCCUACGUCGUACUGCCAAAGGACCAGUCAUUUGUGUUUCCUGACUUGUUCAAGGAUGUAAAAGAAGAAAUUGACAAAGAUAGUAUAGAUAUGGCUAAGAAGGAUAUGCAAGACUUUAUAAAACCUAACAAAGCACCUGGAUUGCCUGGUUGGUUUAGGAUCUAGUGUGUACAUAUUCAAGUAUUUAAGGAUUUAUAAUCAAUAAAACGUAUUUGUUAAUA